UGUCAAUAGAGAGCGUUGCAAUCAGUCAGCUGAGUAAGAGAGUUAAUUAUUAUUCAAGAUGUCAAUUCCGCCCUGAUUUCGGGUUAGGUUAAAUCAAGUUUGUUUGGAGUCGUUUAGGCUUUCUUUUCGAUAUUAAAUGUAACGUUAGAUCAUGACAAUUUGAAAAAUUAGUUUAUUAUGUCUUCAAGAGUGUUAAGGAAACUAGGUUUGCAAGGGGAAAAAGAAAUAACUUGUAUUAAUGAUGAUGCAAGUGAUCCCGAAGCUGAUUUUUCGAAUUCUAGUGGAGCGAAGAAGAAACAGCUCAACAUCAAUCGUUAUGAUUUGUUGAAUCAGCAGUCUCACUCUGAAAGUGAAGUUAAGGAGGAUGAUGAUCAUGAAACAGCUGGUUCGCUUAAUGCUCAUGAAGGAGCCAUAGAUCUUAAAGAUGCCUCUAGGAGGAAGAAGAAGAAAAAGAAAAAGAAGCCAUGCAAACUUCCCAGUAGUAACACUAGAAGUAGUGAGGAUAACAUCGAAGAUGAAGUUGAAAGGUCUGUUCGAGAAGUUAAUGAAAUUCUUGGAGAAUUAAAAAGUGUAGGACAGGUCCACCCGGCUGAUUCUGGCAAUUCUAGCUUAAGAAAGGGAGUGCUUAAUGUUGAACAUAGAGCUCUAAAUCCCAACAAUGAAUUGAGGCGAAUUUUUGGUUCUAAGAUACUGCAGACUGAGCAAAUAAAAAAGAGAGGUAGAAGUCGAGGGCACAUAAAGUCUACAUUCCUUGUUACUCCUAAAGAAAAUUGGCCACCGAUUGGGAAAUCUGGUCUGUCUAUGAAGUUGGUUGAAAACAAAAAUGGGAUUAACUAUUUCGCUUAUGAACACUCGCUGAACUAUCAACAAGUUCAGAUGAAAUUUUUUGAAGCUGUAGAAAGUCUGAAUCCAGAUAAUAUUGUUAGUAUUAUUAAUAUGUCUCCUUAUCAUGUGGAUGGAUUACUACAGCUUUCUGAAUUUUGUCGUCUAAGUGAGGAUUUAUCUAUGGCUGCAGAACUAGUGCAACGGGCAUUGUAUUGUCUUGAAAUGGCCUUUCACCCAUCUUUUUCACUUUCAUCUGGUAAUUCAAGGCUUGAUUACAGAAAGCAGGAGAACAGGUCUCUCUUCAUAGCCUUGUUCAAACAUGCACUGUUUGUUGGAUCUCGAGCAUGCUACCGAACUGCCCUCGAGUUCUGUAAGCUUAUCCUCUCCCUUGAGCCUGAGAAGGAUCCAUUGGCUGUGGUCCUCAUUCUAGAUUUCUUUGCUCUGCGCUGUCAAGAAUAUGAAUGGUUAAUAAGAAUAUCGAAUGAAUGGGAAUGUACAAGAAAUCUUUCUCAGCUGCCGAACUUCGCCUACUCGCUGGCCAUGGCUCAAUUCCAACUGGGAGAGACAGAGGUUGCUCACGCAUUGCUUCAGAAGGCAUUGAUAAAGUUCCCUGGAGUUUUGCUACCGCUGAUAGAUAAAUGUGGUGCUGUGGUUGAUUCAAGGGUUUCAUCUAGUGCCUACUUUUCUAAUGCACAGUCUACGCAAAGCAAAUCUCUGAGCCAGCUGGAAACAAUGUACGUAGAGCGUUGUUACCACGCUUGGAAGGAGGCUGACCUGCUGCCGUGGCUGGAGAUGAACACCCACCAGGCCCUUGACAGGGUAGAAGCGGGGGACCCCCUCGUCGCAGAGUGGAAGGAGGCUCGCCUCAAGCGCUACCACUCUACCCCCAGGAACAUCCACAGGCACAUCAUCCUCUCAGACCUCAAAGAAACUCCUCUCCUUCUAGCCGAGGAACAUAGCGCACCCCUCCUGAACUUCGACCCUCUACCUCCCUUGGACACCAUAGACCUCUAUUCACGACCGGUACGACCCAGGGCUCAUGACAACAACGGACCUCUUGCAAUAUUAUUCAGGUCAAUUGUCCCUUCAUUCAACAUCAAUCAAGUGGCAACUGAAGAACCAACCGAUGAAGGAGGUUUGAGGAGGAGUGUUGCCCUCCUCCUGGAUGCUAUGAGGGAUCUUCUGUCUAACAUUCACCUACCUGAUGUACCAGGAGAUGGCGAUGUCGAAGAUGUUGAUGAUGUGGAAGAUGAUGCAACCUUAUGAAAAAAGAAACGACCAUAAAAGAGGUUCUACUUAAUGCUUUUGAUUUCUACAUCAUUAUAUAAAUGUAUUUCCAUUUUUACAAUACUUUCUGUUGAGGUUUACCUCAAGUACUGAUGUGCAGCUAGUUGUAACAGUGGUUGUGUAUUAAACACAAUGUAUUUGUAUAAUUAUUUAGAUAGUAGUUGGGGGAUUU